ACCUUGCAGGAUUCAAAGAGCAGUGACUUUGUAAUCAAAGGACCUAGGAUCAACUACUGCCUCUACUCUCUAUAAUUUGUGUUUUAUCUUAGGAAAAUUAGCUCUCCUUUAACCGCUAAGAGCCCUUCUAAUUCCAAAUCCUAUAAACCAAUGAAAAUAAAUUUCUUUUUUAUUUCAGAUAUGGCCCUGAGAAAUUUCUACUGCUUGCUUCCUGUGGUUUUCUCAGCACUUCCUGUGGUUUUCUCAGCUGUCUCGAUUAUUAAGGGUGAACUAUUGAAGGUCCCAUAUGAUGCAAUUUCUACUAAAUCUGUGAAUAUCCAGGAAGAAAUUGUUGGCAAACACAAUGCCCUCCGGAGAGGAGUAAUUCCCAGAGCCAGAAACAUGCUGAAGAUGGAAUGGAAUGAAAAAGCAGCACAAAAUGCCAGAAACUGGGCAAAAGAGUGUGAGAUGACACAUAGUGCCACAUUCAAGAGGCAGAUUACAGAUAUUUUUUGUGGAGAAAAUUUGUUGUUUUCCUCUGAUCCUCUGUCAUGGUCAGAUGUAAUCCAAAUCUGGUAUGAUGAGUCAGAAAACUUCAAGUAUGGCUUUGGACCAAUAAAACCAGGAUUAGUUGUUGGGCACUAUACUCAGACUGUUUGGUCCACUUCUUACAUGAUUGGCUGUGAGGUUGCUCAUUGCCCCAGUAGGGAGACAUACAAAUACUUCUAUGUAUGCCACUAUUGUCAUAGGGGAAAUAAUCCUGAUACUUCUACUCCUUAUAAGAAGGGGAUCCCAUGUGGAGAUUGCCCCCACCAUUGUGAAGAUGGACUCUGUACCAAUCCAUGUGCCUAUGCUGAUGAUGCUGGUAACUGUCCAGAUGCUAUAUCUUCUCUUGGAUGUCAUCAUAAAUUAGUUGCUAAAAGUUGCAAAGCUAGUUGCAAGUGCACAACUGAGAUAAAAUGAUGUUGUCCUUCCUUUGGUUCAGGUCACCAUCCUUUAGUAUAUGUACACAGAUUUAUCUAAUGCUAAAUGAUUGUUUUGGUUUUGUUUUGGAUUUUUUGCUUUUUUCUUGCUUCUAAAUAUCAUGUUCUUCUCAAGACCUCAAAAGGCACAGUACUUUUCACAUAGUAAGAACUUAACAUGUUCAAAUUGUUUUCUUUCUUUGGAGGUAUAGAGUAUAAGCUCCUUGAGAACACAUCCUGAUUCAUAUUUGUCUAACUCCAAUGCUUGGUACAUAGCAGAAAUUGAGUAAACUUUUGCUUAUUGAAUGUUAUCAAAUAAAUGCCAGAUGAAUGUUUGAAUCUUAAUU